AUGUCUCCUCGCGACGUUCUUAAAGUCUUUGUUUUCCACCAGAAGGAUGCUGAUAAGACUGAUGAGGAUUUUGAGAAGCACGUAGGCGAGGUCAUGGUUGGAUAUGAGAAGGUCCUCAUUGACAACAAGGAGAUUGUCGAUGGGACUAUUGAGAAAUAG